AAGUUUCUACGAAGCUACCUAAUGACCAGGUGUCUUCGUUAACAACAAAACGCAUCGUCAUGAGAUGGAAUCACAGCCGUUCAUUUCUUCAACUCUCACAAUCCAACGUCGAUAGUUUCAAGAAGAGACUUUGUAGACCACACGAUUAUGUUCAGACGUGACAACCACAUCUGUACACAUACUCCAACUCACACUUUGUAUAUCUACCCCCAUUGCACUCAAAUCAAAACAGUUCACAAAUUUUCUUCUCUCCUCAUGGAACCGCCAAGCAAGAAACCUUUUGUAGCUACUACUACGAAGAUGGAGACCGAAUACGAAGAUAUGUUACCGAUCAUGGCGGAGAAAAUGGACGUAGAAGAGUUUGUAUCAGAGCUAUGCAAAGGUUUCAGUUUGCUAGCGGAUCCAGAGAGAGAUCUCAUCACAGCUGAGAGCCUAAGGAAGAACUCAAGGGUGCUUGGGAUUGAAGGAAUGAGCAAGGAAGAUGCACAAGGAAUGGUUAGAGAAGGAGACCUCGACGGUGAUGGUGCUCUUAACCAAACCGAGUUCUGCGUUCUAAUGGUUCGGUUAAGCCCUGAGAUGAUGGAAGAUGCUGAGACUUGGCUGGAGAAAGCUAUUAGCCAAGAACUUAACAAUCACAAUCACUCUUCUCUGCCUUGAUGAAGAAGAACCUUUUUUUCUUGUGUAUUCUCUUUCUUUCUCCUAAAGUUCCAAAUGUUUCUGAAUAUUUUAAGGCCCUGAACAAUUGAAUGGUUAAAGAGAGAAUCCAAUCUUUUCUCAUUUA